AAGUUCCAUAAAAUCCCACAUUUCUAUCGAGAUGGAUAUGUGGAACCGCACACAAAUUUUAUAAUUGAACAAUGCAUUUGAAAAAAAUAGUUCAAUUGUGAAUUGAGCUUUUUUCAAUUCCAGAAGACUUGGAAUUUUGAACGAGAGCUUAAAGUUGAAGCUGAAGUCGAGCAGAGGCAACUUUGAGAAGCCAUUUCAAACCUGACUCUACCGUUAACAAAUUCAGUUUCAUCUUCCUGCCAAUUUCAGAUUAACUUCUGUUUCUUGUCCAUGUUAUGUUAGAACUUCGAACACCCUCAAAAUAUUUUCUUGUGCACUGCAUCCAACAAACUUUGAUACAUUAAGGUAUCAAACUUUGAUACAUGGGCAUCAAGGGCACACCACAAUAACAAAGUAGGAGCUACAUUAAAAAAUAUCUCCGUAUACAAAUUUCCUAGAUUCCCACUUUCAUUCUCCCAUUAAGAUGUUCGAACACAACUGCAGAAGAAGAAUGGUUUGAUUCCUUCGUUUUUCUUACUCAUGUAUGUCAACAUCAUAGCUAAGGACUUGCGCCACUGCGCAACAGUUAGAGCUUUCAAACGAGGUAAUGCCAUUCAUGCUUAUUUGAGAAAAUUUGGGGGCUUGAACGAUGUGUUUCUUGCCAACAAUUUGAUUUCCAUGUAUGCCGAGUUUUUUAAUGUACGAGAUGCAGAGAAGGUGUUUGAUGAAAUGACUGACAGGAAUAUUGUUACUUGGACGACCAUGGUUUCUGCAUUUACUGAUGGUGGAAGACCUUAUGAGGCAAUCCGACUGUAUAAUGAUAUGCCGAAAUCAGAGACACCCAAUGGGUACAUGUACUCCGCGGUUCUGAAGGCAUGCGGGUUUGUGGGUGAUUUGGGUUUGGGUAAAUUAAUUCAAGAAAGAAUAUAUGAAGAUAAAUUGCAGGCGGAUACUAUUUUGAUGAAUUCUCUCAUGGAUAUGUUUGUGAAAUGUGGAAGCUUGAAUGAUGCCGUGGAAGUUUUUCAUAAUAUUUCACGGGCCACCACAACUACUUGGAACAUUAUUGUUUCUGGCUAUAGUAAGGCUGGUUUGAUGGUGGAGGCUGAAAAACUUUUCCAUUGUAUGCCGCACCCAAAUGUUGUAUCUUGGAACAGUAUGAUCGCUGGUUUUGCAGACAAUGGGAGUCAACGCGCAUUGGAAUUUGUGUCCAUGAUGCACAAAAGGUGUAUCAAGCUUGAUGAUUUCACAUUUCCAUGUGCCUUAAAGAUCAGUGCGCUGCAUGGGCUAUUAUUCAUCGGGAAACAAGUUCAUAGCUAUGUCACCAAGUUGGGUUAUGAAUCUAGUUGUUUCACUCUGUCUGCCCUGAUUGAUAUGUAUUCUAAUUGCAAUGACCUGAUCGAAGCAGUCAAGUUAUUUGACCAACACUCUUCUUUCAACGCUUCCAUUUCUGAUAACCUGGCAUUGUGGAACUCGAUGCUCUCAGGAUAUGUUAUCAACAAUUGUGACCAAGCCGCCUUGAAUUUGCUUUCAGAAAUCCAUUGCUCGGGUGCGUUACUGGACUCUUACACCUUUGGUGGUGCUUUAAAGGUCUGCAUCAACUUAUUAAGUCGGAGGGUUGGCCUUCAACUACAUGGUUUGAUUGUCACCUGUGGUUAUGAGUUGGAUUAUGUUGUUGGAAGCAUUCUUGUGGAUCUUUAUGCAAAACUAGCGAACAUCGACGAUGCAUUAGCAAUAUUCCAUAGGCUUCCGAGGAAAGAUAUCAUAGCUUGGUCGGGUUUGAUCAUGGGAUGUGCUCAAAUUGGAUUGAACUGGUUAGCUUUCUCAAUGUUCAAAGGUAUGCUCGAGUUGGUUAAUGAAAUAGAUCAUUUUGUUAUUUCAACCAUUUUGAAAGUCUGCUCCAAUUUAGCAUCCCUUAGAAGUGGAAAGCAGGUCCAUGCGUUGUGUGUCAAAAGUGGGUAUGAAAUGGAGGGGUUCACAAUCACAUCCCUUCUUGAUAUGUAUUCAAAAUGUGGUGAAAUUGAGGAUGCAUUAACGUUGUUUUGUUGUGAACAAGAAAAAGACAUAGUUAGUUGGACUGGUAUCAUUGUUGGAUGUGGACAAAAUGGAAAGGCGGCCGAAGCGGUCAGGUUUUUUCAUGAGAUGAUUCGAUCAGGGAUAACUCCAAACGAAAUCACCUUUCUAGGGGUUCUUUCUGCAUGUCGAUAUGCUGGUUUGGUUGAAGAGGCACGAAGCAUAUUUAAUUCUAUGAAAUCUGUAUAUGGACUAGAACCUCAUUUAGAGCAUUAUUGUUGCAUGGUUGAUCUUCUUGCUUCCGUGGGGCUUCCUGAAGAAGCUGAAAAAUUGAUAGCAAAUAUGCCAUUUGAGCCAAAUCAGACCACAUGGCGCACUUUGCUUGGGGCAUGUGGAACUCGCAAUGAUACCAAGCUUAUUAACCGCGUUGCUGAUGGCCUUCUUGAAGCCACACCAAAUGACCCUUCAACAUACGUGACACUUUCAAAUGCUUAUGCAUCAUUGGGGAUGUGGCAUACCCUGAGCAAAGCGAGGGAAGCUUCAAAAAAGUUUGGUAUAAAAAAAGCCGGGUUGAGCUGGAUUGAGGUUUCAAGUUGAAAAAAAAAUCUUGUUUUGAUUAAUAGGAUUACACCUCAGUGAAAUGAGGGUCAUCUCAUGAUAUUGAUUUUGUCAACAAGUCUGCCCAUGAAACGGAGAGAAAUUGCUCUUGGAAUCAAAGUUCAAAGAGAUCCCAUAAGUUCAAGACAUGAUUUACAAGAACAAAAGAUAAACCAAGAAGUUGCACCAAUCUUCAUCCAUUCCCUUUCGUGGCAAUUUGAUUGAGCAUUCGGGUGGGUCUGAACUGAUUUACUAAAUACUUUUUUCGAAAACUAAACACUAAAUCUAAAUCUCAUUCUUCUGUACGGGUUUAAAUCAAAAUGGAUUUCUUUAUAUCUAUGCCGUUGUUGGGAGAUCGUUAGUAAAUUCCAGUAUUUUCUCGUGGUUGUAAGUCCAGAAGCAGCUUCAGAAAUAAAACGAAGUCAGUUUAACCACACACUUAGUCAAGCGGAACAAAAUGGGGUUUCCAAAAAUGAACAACAUGAUUGCUGGGGCCCCGACAAGAUCACAGAAGGGCUACCUGCACCCACAGCACUCCGUAAGCUCCUAAUUCUCUACCUUUUGUAUAACUAUAACUAAGACCCAUGUUUUUUUUGUUUUUUGUUUUUUGCUCUCUUCACUAUGACACAGAUGGGCUUCUGUUUCGAUCUGGACUUGGUAUUUUGAAUGCUAUUGCACAUUUGUAGAAAUAUUUUGCUUUCAUAAGAUGACACCAACAACUGAUCCCUCUUGGAGGCCAUGUCUCCGGCAGAAGAGUUGGUGGCAGAUUGCUGUCUGAAAAGAAAGCAUUCCUACGGCUUUCCUUUUGCAAUCAUAUAAUCCACUGCCUGUCUUACUAGCCAGUCACUAGUCCAUGUUAACACUGCUUCUGCUCCACCUUUUUCAGGCCUCGCGUGAGUCGUGAGGUAUUGCUGCCCUUUAUUUCUUAUAUUUUUAUUUUUACUGUUACCAAUGACUAGAAAUAAAUUAUAACAGCAAAAAGGAAAUAGAAGAAAAGAAAACUGCCAUGAAGGUAGGGACAUGCAUUGCUGAAGUAGCCGCUAAACUUACAUAGACUUGACCGCUUCUUUUCAAGGGUUCUUUUACUCUUGCUUGGUUUUGUACAACUCUUGAUUUUCUAACCUUCAUCUGAAAGAAAAUGGGGUUUUAUUUAAGUUUUUCUAACCGAGGCUAUCCUUAGCUUGAAACUUCAAUAUCCAACUCCUAGAAAUUUCCAAAAGUUUGGCGGGUAUGAGCAAUGUAGUCAAAUAAAUUAGCGUAUCUAGGAAUCCUAGCGAAGCACAUGGCUUAUUUCAGAUAAAUGCCAACCGAGAAAAUUUAAUUGCCUUUCAUUAGUGACCCACGGUGAAAUUAAAGCCUUGGAACUUUAGGGAGUUGAAAGCUAUUUUCCUUCUUCUCCAAAUAAAAAAGUCUAACUAUUUCUGUGAUUCAUAUAUGGGGCCGAAGAGAUUAAUUGUUUUUUAUUUGAUCUUUAGAGAAAACCUCACAACAUUUAUUCACACUACUUCCUUAAAAAAGUGAUUUCUUAGGAAAAUGCAUUAUUGUUUAAAAUUAUUGCCUGAAGUCGUUAAAUUUAUAGGGGAAUAAUUAUCCCUCACUUCUCAGUGUAGAAGUAAGGCAAAUGUGUCCACAUUAUAAGUACAAUUUGAAUGUGCACGAUGUGCAAUUAAUGCCUCCAUUGGGUUGUGUGGUUGAUAUCUCCGUCUCCAAGACACCAUCAGUACCCACCCCCCAAAACAGCGCCAAAUGCCAAUUUACAAGAAACACAAUACAAUUCCAUUAAAAUUCAACAUCUUUCCAGAGGCAACCAAACAAACUCUUGCCCAACAAAAAGCCGUUAAUGGUAGCUAAAA